AUAAUAAAAAAAAAAAUUGCUGGUUAAUUUAUAAAUAUCAAUCUUACAUGUGUCCUGCAUGUAAAUGAGCCACACCCAAGAGCCAAACCUGCCGCAAAGCCUAUAAAAGGUCAGUUACCACCGACUACCUCUUCAGUACUGCAAGCGAAAACUCUGUUCUCCUCCUCCUCCUCCUCCUCAUUCGUUUCCUCUUCCAGCCAUGGCCGGCGAACCUCGGCACAUCGUCAUGCUCCCAUUCAUGGCACAAGGCCAUCUCAUCCCUUUCCUCUCCCUCGCCCGCAGCCUCAUUUUUCACCACCCUUCCCUCACCAUCACCCUCGCAACCACUCCCAUCAAUGCCCGCAACCUCCACUCCUCCCUCUCCGACGACCACAUCGACAGCUGCAUCCACAUCGCCACCCUCCCCUACUCCUCCUGCGAUCACUCUCUCCCCGCCGGAGCCGAGAACACCGAUUCCGUCCCCAAACAUGAUCUCGUCCGUUUCUACCACUCCGGCGAGUCCCUCCGCCCCCACUUCGCCGCUCUCCUCUCCGAUCUCGAAACCCCCCCUCACUGUAUCAUCGCCGAUGCAUUCGUCGCCUGGACCGUCGAUCUCGCCCGCUCAAUCGGAGCAUGCCAUGCCGUCUUCACCACCUGUGGCGCAUACGGAACCGCUGCCUACUUCUCCUUCUGGCUUCAUCUCCCCCACACCAAAACCCCCUCGCCGGAAUUUCACAUCCCCGGCUUCCCGGACGAUUUCGUCAUCCACCGAUCCCAGCUCUCGAGCUACGCUCGCGUCGCCGAUGAUCGGGAUCCAUGGACCGCCUUCUUCCGCCGGCAGAUUAGCUUCUGCCUCCGAUCCGACGUGAUGCUCUGCAACACAGCAGAGGAGGUCGAAACAACCGGAAUGGAUCUGCUGAGGAAAAUCACGGGUCUCCCCGUACACGCCAUCGGCCCUUUGCUUCAGCUGAAGGAAGGGAGAAAGAUCGGAAAAUCGGCGGGGCGAGUCGUCGAAUGGCUUGCGGGCAAGCAGGCUGGAUCAGUGGUGUACGUUUCGUUUGGGACACAGAACAGCAUUUCGAGAACGCAGAUGAUUGCGCUCGCCCGAGGGCUUGAAGAGAGCGGAAAGCCGUUCGUAUGGGUGCUACGGCCGCCAUUAGGGUUCGACGUGAACGAGGAGUUCAGACCCGAAUGGCUUCCGGUAGGGUUUGAGGAGCGGAUGAGAAGAGAAGGGAGGGGGAUGUUGGUGAUGGAAAUGGCGCCGCAGCUGGAGAUACUGUCGCAUGAGGCGACGGGAGCGUUCGUGAGCCAUUGCGGGUGGAAUUCAGUGCUGGAGAGCUUGAACAGCGGGGUUCCGAUCAUCGCUUGGCCUCUUGCUGCGGAGCAGUUCUAUAAUGCGAAGAUGGUGGUGGAGGAGUUGAAGGUGGGGGUAGAGAUGGUGAGGGGGGAAGAGGAGGUGGAAGGGAGUGAGGUGGCGAGGGUGAUAGGGGAGUUGGUGGGUGGUGGGGAGAAAAGGAGGGAGAUGAGAGAGAAAGCUGGUUGGUGUGCGAGGAAGAUGAAGGAGGCGAUGGAGGGCAACGCUGUAGACGAGUUUUGGGCUGUUUUUGAGAGGAGGGAUAGGGCAUCACAUGAGGAGCGAGUAGUGCUGUGAAUUAGGAGCACAUUUUCUGUCCGGAGCAGGCUGAACGUGCGGCGGGA